AAUUUGGUGGGUCUUGUCCGGACAGCACAGGCCCCGCUUACUGCAGCCGCUCGGGUUGCGCAAGCUGGCACUGAGCUCGAUUGAACUGGCUGCCCCUUCCCAUCAUCUUCCGUCUCCAGUCUUCUGUCUCCAGCCAGAGUCCGAAUACCCUCACAGACUCUUCCUCGCCAUCCCCAGAGACGACACAGACUCGUUUCAUUGACACACCAUUGACCGUGGCAGAUCGGCCCAUCAGAUAAUCUAGUUGCAAACCAAUCGACUCGACUGCGACCUCGGCAGACGGUGAACCCCUCGAUCCCAGCAGCUCUACUAUAUCUACAUUGUAUACCGCGCGAGUCAAUACCCCGCCGGUUCUUGUCUAGCUUCGCGGCCGACAGCCCACGCAGCUACAAAACCAGCCAGCCUCGCCCUUCUCUCAGGUUUCGGAGAGAAACCCCCCUCUGCGAAGAAGCACCCUACUGCCUUGGUCAGGCCCCUCCCCCGCCGCACACAACCCGCCGAGCCAUGUCUGCCGCCGCCCCCGUCCCCGGUGCCUCGGGCGCCCCUGGUGCCACCGUCCAGCAGCUGGAGAAGAAGCCCAUCAAGUUCUCCAACCUGCUGCUCGGCGCCGGCCUCAACAUGUUUGAGGUCACCACCCUGGGUCAGCCCCUCGAGGUCGCCAAAACCACGAUGGCCGCCAACCGCGGCGACAGCAUGGCUUCUGCCCUGGGCCGCAUCUGGGCCCGUGGUGGUGUUCUUGGUUUCUACCAGGGCCUGAUCCCAUGGGCCUGGAUCGAGGCCUCCACCAAGGGCGCCGUGCUGCUCUUCGUUGCCUCGGAGGCCGAGUACUACGCCCGCGCCGCUGGCGCCUCUGAGUUCGUGGGUGGCAUCUCGGGCGGUGUUGUCGGCGGCGUGGCGCAGGCCUACGCCACCAUGGGCUUCUGCACCUGCAUGAAGACGGUCGAGAUCACCAAGCACAAGCUGGCCGCAACCGGCCAGGCUGCCCCCGGCACCUGGGCCACCUUCAUGGACAUCUACCGCCGUGAGGGAAUCCGGGGCAUCAACAAGGGUGUCAACGCCGUCGCUAUCCGGCAAAUGACCAACUGGGGCUCGCGCUUCGGUCUCUCGCGUCUGGCCGAGCAGGGCAUCCGUCGCGUGACGGGCAAGGAGCACGGCGAGAAGCUCAGCGCCGGGGAGAAGAUCCUGGCUUCUGGUCUUGGUGGUGGCCUCUCGGCUUGGAACCAGCCAAUCGAGGUCAUCCGAGUCGAGAUGCAGAGCAAAAAGGAGGAUCCCAACCGCCCCAAGAAGAUGACUGUGGGCAACACGUUCAAGUAUAUCUACGACUCCAACGGCAUCAAGGGCCUGUACCGCGGUGUGACCCCGCGCAUCGGCCUUGGUGUCUGGCAGACGAUCUGCAUGGUGGCCAUGGGUGACAUGGCCAAAACCUAUGUCGAGGCGCUGACCGGCGACAAGGUCACCGCAAAGCAUUAGACGUGACCUGUCUCUGCUUGCCGGCUCGACGACGAUUUAGAGAGCCCCCUUACCGCCAUCUCCGUUCGUAUCGCACAAGAACUGUCAGCUUGUAGCUGAAUGCUACGGGUUGUCCCUUUAUACUUAUAGACGCUUCAUUGAUUACACCAUUUCAGUUUUAUUGUGACACGCUGUGUUCUGUGUUUUAUGCCUUGCAACAGGUUACCGCUGCGUUUGACUAUGAAUUGAUGUCUUCUGUCACUGCUUGUUUAUGUUCUGCAUUCGGGAAUCCAGGGGCAUGGAGAUGAGCGACGGCGUCUAUAGAGAUAGACAAGGCUAUUUGCCAUCGAAAGUACCGUUGUGUCUUGCUUCGUGGUCACGAAUAAAUAC